GUGCUCUCAUGUUUCAGCCUUCUCUUCAUGCAGAGCAAGGGCCAGAGCAAGGAUGACCGGGAAUGACGAAUGACUGUGGUUUGAGGGACCAGAAAGGUUCCUGUUUUAGCUGUAUUUAAGGAUACAUGCAUGAGAAUAGAUGUCAGGCUCUACACGGAAGUGCUGCCCCCCCUCCCACUAUCUUCUUUAAUAUCCAGGAUGUUACUAUCAUGGACUGCAAUAAAACAGAGCCUCGAGGAUAUCGGUCAUCUGGCGUUGGGUGUUUUCAUAACUGGUAAAGGGGAUGGCUUUCGAAUAACUCUCAUCCUCCUCCUCACCUGUAGCUUCUUCAGCCUCCUGCUCAGCUCCCUGCUACUCCUGUACCUCCUCUCCACCCUGAACUAUGAGCUAGCUGUGGCUGGAGGGAUUGCUGUCUGCUUUGGGACACUAAUGACAGUUGCCCUCUUCCUAUCAAAGAGAGUGAGGUGCUUAGGGACUUUAUUUGUGAUCUCUGUUUUCAUGAAGAAGAGUCGGAACCUGCUCCUGACUGCUGGGACCAGUUUAGUGGUUCUUAGAAAUAUCCGCAACACCUUGGAGAACCUCACAGGCCUGGUCAGGAGCAUGAUUUGCAACCUGAAGGCCAAGAAAGCAGCCAUCAUUGCUCCAUUCGGUAACUAUGUGAAGAUGCUGAAGUGGCUUGGAAAUAUGCUCAAGGGGGUUACAGACUUGGGGGUUUUGAACCUUGACUCCCAACUCAAGGUUUCACACAGACUGGAAUCAGAACAAUUCAGGGAGAAACUCACAGAAGCAGAGCAGAAUCUGAAUGAAACUGUAAAGUAUGUACAGUCCCUUAUGAAUACAGUCUCCUCUUUGACCGAGCGUCUGUUUCCUGCCAUCAGCUUCCUCGUGCUCAUGAUGUUUAUAGCGCUGUACAUAAAAAAAUUCUGCAAUGACAUGAAGUAUGAAAACAGGUUCAUCAGCAGCAAAUUUGUUAGUUUUGAUGAGAAGCAGAAGGCAGAAGGAAAGCCCCAUGUCCUCCCCCUCACACCAGAGGAAGAGAAGCUGUACACUGCUGUCCCCUCUGCACGCCCCACCACCAGAGAGGGGAGAGCUAUCCUGAAAUUUUGUGUUCCAGUUGUCUCCCACUUUGUAUCUUGGGUUAUAUUUGUAACUGUGGAUGCCUUAUUAUACUGUUUUGUUGAUAUUAUAACAACAAAAUUAUCUGAGCUGGAGCCAUUCCACGUUCCAUUGUUAAUGAGCAUCAAAGGGAUUGCAACUUUAAUAGGUAUACCAUUUGUUGAAGAAAACCAUCAAAAAGACUUUUCGUACUCUGUGACCCUGUUUGAGAAGAAGUGUCUUCCUAAACCCAAGCUGCUGCUCUAUAACUCCGUAGUUCCUUUGGCUGCCAUCCUGCUCACUCUGCUUAUUAUGGCUCUUGUGGCUGCCAAAGUGGCCCAGCUCAGGCUGAUGGUCUGUGAGCGAUUCUUCUCCACUGCCGCGGAGGAGAGAGUGGAACACUUGCAUGCCAAAAUCCUGAGGAAGAGAUCGAAAAGGGGGAGGAAGACAAACAUCUGCAGCCUCACAUCACUCUAUUUUAAGCCACAUUUCUGGUGCCCUCUGCUCUUCAGGCCCAGGGAGAAUCGACAAAGUAUCGUGUGAGGAAGUUUCUGCUGCAUGAUUUUUUUAUUCUGUGAAUAAGGAAGCGUACGAUAACAUAAGAAAAUUCUACCGUCGUGGUGAGGACAAUAUUUUUUGAUGCUGUCGAUUUUUGAUACUGUUGACAUUUCGUUAGAUAAGUAGGUAGAGUCUGGUAAAGUUAAAGUCUGGUAAAGUGGUUUCAAAUCAAGACCGCUGAUGGUUGAUAGAAUUGUCCCACAAGGAUCAAUAAUGGCCUGCUGCUAUUUUCUCCAUAAAGAAAUAAUAUUUAUUUUCCAUUUUUAUGCAGACAAUACAGUCUUAUUUGCCAUUAGCUCUACCACAGACCUGAUGUUACCCAGAUUACAGUCUGCUUUUAAUGACCUCCAUAUUUAGAUACUUUGCUAUAUUAUAUUGCACGGGAUAAUAUAUAUAU